CGGAGCCUUAAAUACCGCGUGCGCCUCGUGCACAGAGGGAGGACCUCACCAACUUAUCCAGGCGGGCAUCUCUGUCUCUGUCUCCUUAUCGCGUGAGUCUUUCUAACCCUCCUCGCGCGUCUCUGACUUCAUUUCCACGCGGACACUCACACACGCACACGGACCGACAGCAUGCAGGUGUCUGUGGCGCUGCUCGUCUCCAGCUCGGUGCUGCUGCUGCUGCUCCAGGGAUGCUGCACCGCCGUCAGGGGCUGGAGGGUACUAAAGAACGGGGGCACGGAGAUCUUACCGGAGUACAGGGAGAAUACUCGGACACCUCACGAGACGGUACUACCGGCGUUUAACGACGGCAACAACAACAACAACAACAACAACAACAGUAUGAACAACAGGGCGAAGAGCGGCGGUAGGACGGCCAACACUGUCUCCUACAGUGCCUCGGAGCUGAGCUGUCGGGAGCUGCGCUCCACCCGUUACAUCACCGACGGGUCUUGCCGCAGUGCCAAGCCUGUGAAGGAGCUGGUGUGUUCGGGCCAGUGCAUGCCGGCACACCUCAUGCCAAACUCCAUCGGCCGCGGCAAGUGGUGGAGGGGCAACGCUUCGGACUACCGCUGCAUCCCGGCCCACUCCCGGACAAGGAGGGUCCAGCUGCAGUGUCCCAACGGCAACACUCGGACUUACAAAAUCCGCAUAGUCACCUCCUGCAAGUGCAAGCGCUUCAGGCCCCACCACAACCAAUCAGAGGCCAAGGAGGUCCCCAAGACGCAACGCAACAAGAAGCACAGUCGUUUGUCUCAGGACCGGAGCAAGAACAACACGCCGACACUGACGGGCAACUCGUACUGAUGCUCCUCGCCAGCAUCAGAAGGACAAACACCAAAGCACACUCACACACACGUUACACAACACAACAUAUCUCCUCCAGAUAGGGAGGAGAUGCAAAAGAAAUUUCAAAGAGAGCGAAUGCAUAAGCUAAUUGCUGGGCUGGUUCUAAGUCAUCAGUCUUUUCUUUUUCAGCCUCUUGUCAGCAUAUUUGUGAACGUUGCUGCUUAUUUGCAUGACAGAAUGAGUCAGCGCCGGGGGCUCGCCACAACUGUGACUGGUCAGGAGAUGUAGCACCGUGUUGGAUCAUAUGAAACAAGUAUCUGAUCACCCCAGCAGCUCCAAACCUCCCAGGGCUCGUCCUCCACGCAAACAGAUUUCAUUUAAUGAGAAGACCUCCCCGAGGCUUCGAGCCCAUCUGUACAAACAUCCAGCGGAUGCAGAGUUACGCCACAGCACGGCCUCUGUUUAAAGCUGAAAAGGUGUAUCUUCGCUCCAGAGUGGUUGUAAUCCAUCUCCUUUUGGCUGUGUGUGUGUGUGGAGGAGAUGGUGGCAGCUCUGGGGGCUCUGACGGUGGGAUGUUGACAGGGUUUUGAGAGGGCCCUGGCCUGCGCGGCGGUCCAGGCAGCUCUCUGACAGCCCACUAAAGGCCUCACUCAUCAGGACAGCCCCACAGCACUCCCCACGCUGCUGCAGCCCCAACCAGGCCUGUCAGUUACAGCAGUUCCCACGACUAGAUACAAAGAGUCAGGAGAGACAGAGAAACGGAGCGGAGAAGCAAUUUUGACACCACGGGGGCACUGGACAUUCCUGUGACUCCUCUUAAUUACUAAAUGAGCUCAUUCCUGUGCUAUUUGAGUCAUAAAAAGCCAUUUCCUCUAAACAGUUCCUGUUUGCUGGACAGAAAAAAAGUGCACAUGUGUGUAGGAGGCAUCAGAAAAUUGAGCGUGGUUGUGUUGUUACCUAGGGGCAAAGCGUUCCUCCAGCACGCCCACACCGGAAUUCUUUUGUAACGGGCCAAACAGAGCAGCGAUCAACCAUCCACUGCCAGAAUCCAUCCGUUGUGUUUGAGACACUUCCACUCCCUCUCUGCUCCCAGUCUGUAAAUAGCUCAAACAGGAAACAUAGGAAUAAUAAUAGCAUAAUGGAAACAGUUUUUAUCAUUGUAUUGACUGAAUCUGGCCCCGCCGCAGACAACACAACCUCCUUCCUCAGCUAUGGGACUGUAUACUUCAUGAAGAAUACCCACGAUGUUUCCGCAUAUUGUCCCUCGUUUUUUCUGCUCAUAUUGCUUCCUGAUUAUUGUUUUUGGUUGUCUAAACUGUACUGACAAUGUUUGCAUCUUUUCCCGAUUAUAUGAUUUGAAAUAGCAACUGGAAGAGGUUUGUCGUGGAAGCUGCAACCCAGUGGCCUGAACAAAUGUUGGCAUAGUACGUUUCUGCAAACCAUGGACACGUUACACAUUUGUACGUUAUUAUGUAGAGGAUAUACUGAAACUUUACGUGUCUUCAAGAACGCUGUGGUCAAAGUGUGGUUAUAUUUAGGCACAAAAACACCUUGGUUAUGGAGAAGAUCAUGUUUCGGCUUAAAAUACCACAAUCCUGGCAGAGAAGGCAGCAAUGUUUCGGUAAAAAACAACCAAUUUUCGUAGCACUAUCCCCACUGGAAAUGCAGUGAUGUAAUGGUUGAAAAACAACUGCUUUUCAUGCCACUAUCUUGGCAGGAAACGCAGCGAUGACCUGGUAAAAACAAGUAAUUUUUUUUCAUUGUCCCAGGUAGAAAUGCAGCAAUGUCUAGGUAAAAAAAUUUUUUGUUUUUUGUGGCUCUAUCCUGGCAAGAACUGUGGUGAUGUUUUGGUAAGAAAUGCCCACUUUUUGUGGCACAAUUCCAGCAGGAAAUGUGGGGAUUUCUUCAACUGUUUUUGUGGCACAAUCCUGGCUAGAAAUGCAGGGAUGUCAUGGUAUAAAACAACUGCUUUUUGUGGCAGGAUCUUAGCAGUAAACCGUGAAAUCUCGGUAAAAAACAGCCGCUUUGGUAGCACUGUCCCAGCAGGCAAUGCGGCAAUUUCUCGGUAAUAAACAACCACUUUCCGUGGCACUAUACACGCUUGAAAUGCAGCAGUGUCUCGGUAAAAAACUGGCGCAUUUUGUGGCUCUAUCCUGGCAAGAGCUGCGGCGAUGUUUUGGAAAAAAAACAACCAUUUUUCGUAGCACAAUCCCGACUGGAAACGCAGCAAUGUCACACUAAAAAAAAGCUGCUUUUCACGGCACUAUACUGGCAGGAAACGUGGUGAUGUUUCCAUGGCACUAUGAAAAAACAGCAACAGAUUGCUAAGAAAGUGUGUUUAGUGGCUAAAAAGCAGCUGGAAACACAUCAAAGUCUAAAUAAAACACAAUCUGUCUCAUGUUUGUUGGUCUCAAACGGUUGUCUGCAGUUUGGCAGUCAUCUCGCCUCCAUCCCCUCCACCUACCAAUGACAAAGUCAUCUCAUAUACUACGUCAGAGAUGUUGAUACGAUACAUAUAAAACGUACAAAUGUAACAUGUGGAUUGCAGAAACGUACAGUGCCAACAUUUCCCGUGGCGGCUGGGCUGUACGCUGAGAGCUGUGAUUGUACAUAUCAUACCUGUGUGGUUCCACUGCAGCGGCGCCCUCACCUGAUGGGGUGUUUAAAGAGACGCAGGGAGGGGCCGGGUUGUUUCCUGCAGACACAAAAGAAGGACUGUUAUAAAGAAUGAACUGCAUAUUUAUUUUUUAUUUCCACAUUUAAAUUAUUUAUGCAACCUUUUGUAGUAAAUGAUAGCCAUUAUUGUCAUAUAGUAUGAUAGAGACUGUGGAGAAUGAGAAACUGUACAGAACAUGAAUAAAGUAAA